AGAAGAUUGAGUUUUCCUGAAUGCAUCGUGUGUGCGAUGACUCUUGGUUCAUUUGGUCACGUCUGAGACGCAAAUUCACCGUCCGCAGAAACAGUGUCCCGAUCGGACGAAUUUCAACAGUAAGAUUGUACUUCAUUAAACACGAGCUUUGCAUUGUUAUUGGAAGGUUGUGUGCCACCUGUUGCAAAAACCUUCAGCCAUUUUGGGAGUCUACCACUUUUAGGCCCUGGCUCCCUUCAGUUGGCACAGAUAAAGACUCAGCUGGCACUCCACCAGCUGAAUGCAAGUGUCCCUCCCCCAGAAAUUGCUUCACCUGCCUUGACCUUGCUCAACUUUCUUAAGGUCACCAUGUCACAUCCAUUUUAUAAUCCCCGUGGGGGGACAUUCCCUAAUAGUCAGAGGCCCAUUGUGCAUGGCCAGUAUGGGUCACUUGGGUCACAGCCUGGAUUGGAGCUGGGGGCAUCCCGUCUUGGCCCAGGUUCCAUGUCCACAUCGCGUGGUGGAUUGAUGGUUAACCAGCAGAUGCCCUUUGCAUUAGGACAACAUCAGUCGCAGAUAUCCCAAGACCUUGAAGCCGCCAUAGACCGGAACAUUAUGGGAGCCCGUGAGGAAGUUCGCCGCCUUUCUCAAAUACUACAGCAACCCAAAAUAGCCGACCCCCGCUUGAGAAAGGACACAAGGGAUGAAGGGCUUUCCUCUGGCAGGACUAGUUACCCAGGGACUGGUGGCUCUUCGAGAUCCAAUAAGGCAGACUGGUCUCUGUACCAGGCACCCAGCAAGCCCUUUGCCUCUUCUAGCUUGGAUCGUUCUUCCUGCUCCACACAGGAGUUCCAAUAUUCAGGUUUUGGUGGUAGUGGAGCAUCCAGCAGUUUGGACAGCCAACCUCCACCAGAACAACGACUUUCACGCUACACCCCAGAAAAUGUCAGCAACAUCCUUGCCAACUUUGGACUCUCAAAGGAGGACCUAGAGCUUCUAAGCCACUGUCCAGAGGAUCAACUGACACUUGACAACCUCCCAGUUGUUUUGCAUGAAAUCCGUAUGCGCAAAGCGAAUAGAAACAUUGCUGAAAUUGAUGCAAGAUCCGAAUUCACGGGCUCUGACCCGCGGCACGGCAAAGUUAUUGACUAUGGACAUUUUAGUAAAUUUGGCUAUCCUGAGGAGAGUGGAGAUGGCUAUGCAAGUGAACACCUUCCUAAAGCGUCACCCAAGUAUGGGAGGGAAGUCUCUGGACCCCCCUUUAGUGGCAUGGGCAUCACAAAGCGUCCUCAGCCAUGCCAAGCAGCUUCAGGUCCGGCACGAGAUCCAAGACCCACCAAGCCGUUCCCAGCAAGACCGUCUGCUUCCCAGUUUAUUCUGCCAUCUUCCAGUCGACCUCCUUCACAGAUGAUGCCUCAGCUUGGUGUUCUUCCUCUGAACAUCAAUGAUAUCUCUGGAGGUCCAAGCUCUAAAUGGAUCCCGUUCCUUUCAUCUCCAAUCAGCGCCCCUGCUUCAAAGAGACUUCCUACCCCCACCAUGAUGAAAGAUUACGCCGCAGCUACUCCAAGAAUCUUUCCUCAUACAUGCUCUCUAUGUAUCAUUGAAUGUGUCCAGAUUAAGGACUGGCUUGAACAUCAGAACACAAAUCUUCACAUUGAGCAUUGUAGACUUCUUAGGAAACAAUACCCUGACUGGAAUGUUGAGGCUGUCUCAGUUUCAAGACCUGAGCCGAAGUCAGAGUACAGCAGCUUGAAGCGUCGCACCCGUUCUCACUCAUACUCCAGAUCCCCCAGCCCGAAGAGGCACCAUGAUUCAUCAAGCCGCCGUGAACGGUCCCGCUCUCCGCGUCAGGAUGACGCAAGGGAGAGGGUAGCCACAGCUUACCCAUCCCUUAGAGGAUUCCCUGUAAGGGAUUUCCCUCUGGAGCAGAAGCAGGACGAAACCCUUAGGGACACCUUCAGCCAAGUGAAAGUGAUUGAUGGUCAAUGCCUCCAGCCAGGCCUUUCACUCUCAUACCCAUAUUUUUCUAUUAUAAAGGAUCUGUUGUAUAGAGUGACGCAGGACUCUCAGACAAAGGAGGAUACAACCCAAUUGUUAACACCGCAGAGCCGUCGGGAAAUGUUAUUCCAGACGGCUCAUUGUAAUCCGAUGGCGGGUCACUUGGGGCAGGAAAAAACACUGAACCGUCUAAUGGUGCGUUUCUAUUGGCCGGGCAUUCGCGGGGAUGUUCGCAGGUGGUGUGCAGCAUGCCGUGAAUGUCAGCUGGUGAAUCCGCCAGCCUCCCCAAAAGCGCCAUUGCACCUGCUUCCAUUGACCGAGGUCCCCUUCGAAAGAAUUGGUAUGGACCUCGUCGGUCCAUUAGAACGGACAGCACGCGGGCAUCGCUUUGUGUUGGUUCUGGUGGACUACGCAACACGAUAUCCGGAAGCAGUGCCUCUGCGCAACAUUUCAGUGCGAAGUGUUGCGGAGGCACUCUUAAAAAUUAUCUCCCGAGUGGGGAUUCCGAAAGAAAUCCUCACUGACCAGGGCACUACAUUCAUGUCACGCACACUACGCGAACUGUACAAGUUAUUGGGGAUUAAAUCGAUUCAGACCAGUGUUUGCCAUCCCCAAAUGGAUGGCUUGGUCGAACAGUUUCAUCAGACCCUAAAGAGUGUUAUUUUUAAGUUUGUGCAUGAUGACGCUUGGAAUUGGGACAAGUGGCUCGAGCCCCUAUUAUUUGCAGUUCGAGAGGUCCCACAAGCCUCCACGGGGUUUUCCCCAUUUGAAUUAUUGUAUGGACGUCGACCGCGCAGCGUGCUCGACGUCCUACGGGAAAAUUUGGAGGAGGGACCUUCAAACAGCAAAAACGAAAUUCAAUACAUUCUUGAUCUGAGAGCAAAACUCCACACACUGGGGCAACUAUCACAGGAGAAUUUGCUCCAGGCUCAAGAACGUCAAAGCCGGCUGUAUAAUAAGGAUACUCAACUACGGGAAUUUACACCGGGAGAUAAAGUCCUUGCAUUGCUCCCCACAUCGAGCUCUAAAUUACUCGCCAAGUGGCAAGGGCCCUUUGAGAUCACACGUCGAGUUGGGGAAAUCGAUUAUGAGGUGAAACGAAUGGAUAGAGGUGGAGCACGUCAGAUUUACCACCUCAACUUACUUAAACCAUGGAGAGAGGCGGUGCCCGUGACUUUGGCGAAGGUGGUUCCGGAGGAUGAGGAAGCGGGAGCCGAGCAAACAAUCCACACCCAGUCAAUGAAAGUAAAAGGUGCCAAGGCAUCUCCGGUGACCAAGCCACCUGAAAAACCAAGUGACCCCAAAAAGUCGGUACAGACAGCUAAAGCUAAACCCCCUGCUAAGGGUUCAGAGAGACCAGUUACCAAGAAGAUUGAAAAUGAGGCAAUCCCCUGGAGAAAAAAUAUAGUUGAGAUUUCUGAUCUUCCAGAAGAAGGGGUUACUGAGGAUGAACUCACAAAAUUUGCUAAACCCUAUGGCCUCCUCUCAACUCCUGUCAUAGCAAUCACUCAGAAAAGGGCCUUCCUGCAAAUGCUUAACACAGAGACAGCUGAAGCCAUGGUGAAGGCCUGCUCUGAAACCCCAGCUAAAAUUCAGGAGAAACCGAUAACUGUCAAGAUGAUGAUGCAACCUAUCAACCUGUACUACGCGGAGUCACUUUUCAGAGUACUGGUGGGCAUGGAGAAGUCCCCUACAUUGCCAGAACGUCUACUCAUUGUUAAAAAUGUGCCAAAAACACUUGAUGCAGUCAAGGAAGUAGAGACCCUGAUUCAGCGCCAUGGUACCUACAAGAAGCAUUUGCCUUUAAAUGGCAGGGUGAUUUUUGAAAUGGAGAGUGCUGCUAAUGCCAGGAAAGCCUACAUUCAGCUCCUCAAGAUUCGUUCUAUGGUCCAGAACAAUUUGCUUGCAUUUCAACUAGCCAAACCAAUCAAGGUGAAUAAGAAGCCACAAGCAAAAGGAGCUAAACCUCCCGGUAAGUCAGCAGCUACAGAGGGGAAACCUAAUACCAUCAAAGCACAAAGUCCAGCAGCUGCAGCAACUACUGCAUCUAGAACUGAUGGUGCUGCUACUUCAGAAGCAACUCCCACUGUUGGCAAUGUUAGUAGUGCCCAGGACAACAUGACUGCAGUUCCACAUAUCACUACAGACAAAGUUGCCCCAACUGACACUGAUAUUAUGACUGAAGGAGAGGAAAUUACUGCUAAAAGCACAAGUGAUAGUGAAGUUAAGUUAGAAGCUGACAGUGUCACAGCUGCAACUGGUAAUGUUGAAAUCACUGCAGCUCCCAAUGACAUGACGGUUGAUAUAUCUUCUAAUGCAGAAACAUCUACUCCUGAGAUGAAAGAAAUGGAUACCCACAAUGAUGCCCAAACUGAUAAUGAAACUGUGAUGAUGACCCCAGAUACUGACUCUGUGAAAGCAAAGAUUGAAGUUGGAUCCUCCAUUAUUUCUUCAGAAUUUGCAGUUGCAGAUGAGUCUGAGAAGGCAGAGCUGGAAUUGGCAUCAUUGGGUCUCUUAGAAGAACCAGCUGUUUUAGUGGAACCAGUAAAUGUAAAGCAUGAAUUGGAUACCCCAGUUUCCACCACAGAAUCUGCUGUUUCAAUUGAUACAGCUGAUCAGAAUAAGGUUUCACCUGUGGACAAUCAGAAUAUUCCAAAGGAUGAAGUUAUUUCCAAAGAAUUGGUUCUUAGAUUUGUAGAAGACAAAGAAAAGUUGGCAAAAGACAGUGAUGUUGAGUUGAAGUCAGAAAUGGAGGUUGUUGCUACAACUGUUAGCAGUGGAGAAACUCAAAUGGAGGUCAUGGAGACUCAGAGUCAAGAAGAACUUGCCAAUAUCCCUCAACAAAUAGAUGACCAUAAACCAACUGAACCUUUUGAAAGUGAAAUUAACACUCAACCUAGUGAUCAAAUCCAACCUGGUGAGAAGAUUGUCCAGGCAGCCACCGCAUCUGAUGCUAUUCCAAGCUCAGAUCCUUCCACUUCCGAUCAAACUGCCUCAAACAGUCCCCAAAUUGUGCCUCCACUCUUUGAUGAUAUGAGAGUGGACUUUCCUACAGUAACACAGGAGAUUUUAAAGGAAUUAACUGUUCAUCAGUGUCACAUGCCGUCUUCAUUAAAACAUGCUGAACAGGAAGCCAAAAAAAAGGCUGAAGCAGAGAAAAAAGCUGCAGAGAAAACCACCAACAAUGUUCCAUCAAGCUCUAAGAAGCCACCCUCAUCAGAUAAAGCGGAUAAAGCUGUGAAGAAAGCCACCCAAUCUGAUAGAAAAAGUGUGCUGUCUGAGAAAGAGAAAAAGCCUCAGAACUCCAGAACUAGAAGCAGGAAAAUGGACACAUUGUUCCCAGAGAUUGCAGCAGCUGCUAACCACAGGAGCAGGGGGAAUUCUGAAGAUUCCCCUUCAAGGCAUUCCACACCGCCAUCAGGGUCAUCCUCCCGGAAGAGCAGGCGUAAAUCUAGCCCCCCAUCAAAGAGAUCAAGGGGGCAUGUUGAUGAUCGCAGGAGUCAUAGUAAGAGCUCACAGCCCUCAAGAAGUCACACAAAAACAAGUAAAAUCGAAAAGGCAAAAGAGGAAGAGACUAAAUGGUCUGAGGAACCAUUUCCCUUUAACAUUGAUGAGUUUGUGACGGUCGACGAAGUAGGGGAUGAUACAGAGGAAACUGUGACCUUAAGCUCUGAGUCUUUAGCCAAGGACGAGAAAGUCCAGGAUGAUCCCAGUGCUCUCUCCACCAUCUCUUCUAAUGCAAAGUCUACUCCAGCUAAUGAACCAAAACAAAAGUCAAGGUCUAGAUCUACUACUUACAAGACUAGAUCUUCUGAGACCAAGGACCCUAAAGUUAUUGACACUGCAGGUAAAAUUGAAACAAAGUCUGAAGAAACCAUGCCAGUUGCUGAGGUUGUAGAAUCUCAAAAGCAGAAAGAGAAUGAGCCUCAGGAAGAGAGCAUGGAUAACCAACUGGAACCUGUUGCAGUGAAACCUGCUGUUGUUGAGAGCGAGAGUACAGAGCUUUAUACUCCUCUAGGAUCUUCAGCUCCUGCAGAGGAGAACCCCAGUUUUCCGACACAGACCUUUUCUUCCACGAAAGAAAGCACUGGCAUUGAACCAACCCAGCCUGUUUCUUCCUCCCCUGUCCAGAAGGAAGACUGUCAGACAACUUCUACAAAAAAGUUAGAGAAAUCAGAAAAUGGCAAUGCCGAGCAGUCUGAAACUUCUGCUCCAGACAUGGAAGAUAAAGAUGAGGCAACUAUGAUGUCUGACCUUCCCUCCCGUGAUGCUAUGGUGACUCUUGAUGAGGUCAGUGAGGGUGAGGAGGAUUUUCCUGAAGCAGCAGAUGAGGAACAGCAUUCAAUGGCUGAAGAAGUCCCUGAGACAAUUUUGACUGUCAAUGAAGUUGUAGAUGAGGAAACUGGAGGUGAAGAAUACCAGUUGGAAAAAGAACUUCAAGGCCUGGUCACACUUGAUGAGAUUGUUGAAGAGGAGGAGGAGCUUGAUUCAUUCAACCCUGAGACUCUUGUAACCCUGGAUGAGGCCAAGGGUGAUGGUGAUGAGAUUGAGGAAGUGGAGCAGAGUGAGCCCAAGUUUACCAGUCCCAACUUCAAAACACCACCCAGGCCAGAGGAGCCUGAGCAAUCACCAAGCCAAGAGGAAGAUGCCUAUGACUUGGAAGAGUUUUGUUCGAUGAAUUUUGUAACCGUGGAUGAAGUAGGGGAGGAGGAAGAGGAACAGCCACCCAGUGAAGAGGUCAAGGUACAGGAGGCAGUAAAAAAGACAGCUACAAGGGCCAAAAAGAGAGCUCGCCAGACUCCAGUGAAAAGAUCCACAAGGGGUAAAAGAGAUGCAGCAAAGAGUGACAAAGAGUCAGAUGAGCCUGAGACGAGUGCAGAGGGUGAACCGGCACCAACUGCCUCAAAACCUGAGAGUCCUCCUUCAGCUCCAGACCCUGUAGAGCUUGAUGAGCCAGACUCCCAAAAGGCUGAAACCAUGAGAGUUCCAGAUUCAUCUAGCACAGAGAUUGUCUCUUCCGGGUCAGAUGAGAGGAAUGGAGACAAAGUUGAUGACUAUUCGGAGUCAGAAAGAGCUGUUGUUGAAAUGCCUGUUGCUGACAAAAAAACAACAAUCAAAGAAGAGUCUAAACAAAGACGUGAGACUGAGAUGAGGGAGGAACCCGAAGCCAAGAAAGUCUGUUCUCAAUUUCCUGUGAUUGAAGAUUUCACCUUGCCCCCAUAUAGUCCAGACAACCCCAUUGGGGCUGACUUUGUGGUGCCCAAAAUGGGUUUCUUCUGCAGACUUUGCUCUCUAUUCUAUGAAAAUGAGGAAACUGCAAAGAAAAGUCACUGUGGUAGCCUACGGCAUUACCAGAACAUGGAGAAAUAUUAUAAGAAGCUCAAGUCUCAGCAGCAGCGUGGCAAAUCAACACUGACAACGUCCAGUCAAAGUUCUGCAUCCGAGUAGAUUUGCAUCUGAAUUUUUGUUUGUUUAUUUGUUUUAUUAUUAAUGUUAAUGGAUGGGUCCAAUUAAGUCAGUUUUAAAGUUGUAUUAAUUUUUCUUGUUUUGAAUGAAAUACAAAAAGUCUCUUGCUAAAUAAAGACAAUGUAGAACAUGUA